AUGCGGCAGGUCUGGUGGAAAGUUGACAAUCUCCAAGCCAAGAGCAAAACCAGCCAGCGCUGGAUAAAUGACUUGAAGUGCUUUCUCAAGGGACCCUUUCCAGCGCCGAAGCAGGACCCGAAGCCUAAAUUCCAGGAGGGUGAGCGAGUGCCAUGCUCUCAUGGGCCUCUUCUUUAUGAAGCAAAGUAUGUAAAGGUUGCCAUAAAGGACAAACAAGUGAAAUGCUUUAUACAUUACAGUGGUUGGAAUAAAAACUGGGAUGAGUGGGUUCCAGAAAGCAGGGUACUCGAGUACGUGGACACCAACCUGCAGAAACAGAGAGAACUUCAGAAAGCUAAUCAGAAAACAAAAAAGAAUAAACAGAAAACUCCUGAAAAUGGAGAUGGUGGCAGUACCAGUGACACGCCUCAGCCUCCUUGGAAGAAAAGGGCCCAAGUUGAUCCUACUGCUGAAAAUGAGGAAACAUUCAUGAACAGAGUUGAAGUUAAACUAAAGAUCCCUGAAGAACUGAAACCAUGGCUUGUUGAUGACUGGGACUUAAUUACCAGGCAAAAACCGUUCUUUUGUCUUCCUGCCAAGAAGAAUGUGGAUUCCAUUCGGGAGGAUUAUGCAAAUUAUAAGAAAUCUCGAGGAAACACAGAUAAUAAGGAAUAUGCUGUUAAUGAAGUUGUGGCAGGAAUGAAAGAGUACUUCAAUGUAAUGUUGGGCACUCAGCUACUCUACAAAUUUGAGAGACCACAAUACACUGAAAUCCUCGCAGAUCACCCUGAUGCACCCAUGUCCCAGGUGUAUGGAGCGCCACGUCUACUGAGAUUAUUUGUACAAAUUGGAGCAACGUUGGCCUAUACACCUCUGGAUGAGAAGAGCCUUGCUUUAUUACUCAACUGUCUUCAUGAUUUCCUAAAAUACCCAGCAAAGAAUUCUGCCACUUUGUUUAGUGCCAGCGAUUAUGAAGUGGCUCCUCCUGAGUAUCAACGGAAGGCUGUGUGA